CGCACGCUCAGCUGUAGGUCCGACGUCAGUUGUUUUGGCAGCGAGCUGCGUUGGACGACGGGUUAAUAAUUUUACAAGGAAAUUCUACCGUUUAACAUCGUAUAUCCCAAACAGCAAAUAUGUCAUCGCCACUAGCAAAGCCUCAGAUUAUUGCGCACUUUCAGAAGAGUUUGAACUACACGGUGUUUGACAGUAAAUGGAUUCCCUGCAGCGCGAAGUUUGUGUGUUUGGGGAACUUUGCUAGAGGAACUGGAGUAAUGCAAAUAUAUGAAGUGCAGCACGGAGAGGCUCAGCUUAUCAAGGAGGUAGAGUAUCCUAAACCCAUAAAGUGUGGGACAUUUGGGGCCACCUCUCUUCAACAAAGACACAUAGCAACUGGGGAUUUUGAUGGAAAUCUCAAUAUAUGGAAUCUGGAGAUGCCUGGGCCGCCGGUGUUCACUGUCAAGGCCCACAAAGAGAUAGUGAAUAGUAUUGAUGGUGUUGGCGGCCUGGGGAUUGGCGAUGGCGCACCAGAGAUAGUCACUGGAAGCAGAGACGGGACAGUAAAGGUGUGGGAUCCCCGACAGAAGGAUUCACCUGUAGCCAACAUGGAGCCCGUGGAAGGAGAAACCAAGAGGGACUGCUGGACUGUUGCAUUUGGUAAUGCUUUCAACGAUCAGGACCGCUGUGUGUGUGCUGGCUACGACAACGGCGACAUCAAACUCUUUGACCUGCGGAAUAUGUCUGUACGCUGGGAAACCAACAUUAAAAAUGGGGUCUGCUGUGUGGAGUUUGACAGGAAAGACAUCAACAUGAACAAGCUGGUUGCCACAUCACUGGAGGGAAAGUUCCACGUCUUUGACAUGAGGACCCAACACCCAACCAAGGGCUUCGACUCUGUUUCAGAAAAGGCUCAUAAGUCCACUAUCUGGCAGGUGAAGCAUUUGCCUCAAAACAGAGACAUCUUCAUGACUGCAGGCGGAGCCGGAAACUUGCAUCUAUGGAAAUAUGAGUAUCCCGCCCAUAGAAGCAAGACAGACUCGGAUGACAUGGAAGUGGGCGUAGCUGGCUCCGUCACCCUCCUCCAGAACGCCACACUGUCCACUCAGCCAAUCGCCAGCCUGGACUGGAGCCCCGACAAGCAGGGCCUGUGUGUGUGUUCGAGCUUUGACCAGUGUGUCCGUGUGCUCAUUGUCACCAAACUCAGCCAGGUGUGAAAAAGACCACAACAGAGACUGAGCAUCAAAAUCUGAGAGACACACCUGCAGAGAUGAGAUGAGGCGGAAUUGUCUUUUAUUAGAAGACACCAAUUCCCCACUGGAGGUCCCGGCUGCUGUCCAUCUAGAUUUUGUACUGCUGAGUCUCAUCUUGCCAGAAAGCGAUUGAACUCAAAUGAACUUGGAGACCCUUGGUUGGUGUUAUGCAGUGUUGUCUCUGUUUAUUGUUUUCCCAGAAUAACGUGUGUAGUGCUUGGCUUAACCCUGCAGGCAACGUUAACCUGUAGUGCAGAAAGAUACAAUGAUAUCUUUCCCAUAUUAUCAAAAAAGCCAAGAAAUAAGUCACAUAGGUUUGAUGUAGAAUAACAUUUUGGGAAACUUGCUUUAAUUUCUUGAACUGGGAUGCUCACUGAAACACCCGUCUGUUGUUGCACUAUUAGUGAAUGUUCUACUUCUGUUUUGUGUUAAAGCUGUCACUUUUUACUGAUAUUUCAUUUUUAUUGAGAACUGAGUUUCCAAAAUAAAUGUGCCUUUGGAGAAAACGCUGA